CCAAGUUGAAUUGAAUUGAAACAAAACAAGGCUAACAAGGUCUUCCAUCCAAAGUUCCACUUCACAGUCUUGAGUUUCUGAUAUUAAUUUACUCUUUGAGUUUUUGUCUGUUGUGUGUGUGUGUGGUGGCUGCUUAUCAACUUAAACUUAUCUCCAUCCCUGAACUUAGAAACUAAAUAUAAUUUUAAUAAAACAAGUGUAAAAUACAGUAGAACAUGAUGGAAUCAGUAGUUGCGGAGACUGCGGGCGGGGUGGAGCUGACGGCCGCUCAGCGCGCGCGCAUGGAGCGUAACAGGCUACGGGCGCGAGCACUUCAUGACGCCAGACUUAUUAAACGACCUGAUAAGACACAAGGCAGUGUGGUGGAGAGAGUGAGUUCUGCAGCUCCCAUGGACUCUGGCGGCGGUUUCUUGCUGGAGCCAGAGGAGGUGACGGCCGCCCCGGCGCCAGCGCCGCGCGACGCCCCGCUCGUGCACAUCGCUGACCAGCCUCAGUGCAUGGACUGCGAGCGUCGUUUUCCGCAGUCCUUCCUUUUCGACACUUUCGAUUACGAAUUGUGCGACGAUUGCAGAGACGACGAGGGCUCCCACUCGUUGAUCACCCGCACGGAAGCCAAGACAGAAUUCCUGCUGAAGGAUUGCGACUUGGACUCACGGCCGCCGCCGCUGCGAUGCCUGCGGCGUCGCAACCCGCAUGCGCCGCGCGGCGACAUGCGGCUGUACCUGCGGCCGCAGGUGGAGGCGCGCGCGCUGCAGGUGUGGGGCUCGGAGCAGCGGCUGCAGCGCGAGCGGCAGGCGAGGGCGGAGGCGCGCGCGCGCGGCCGCGAGCUGCAGACCACGCGGCGCCUGCGCGCGCUGCGCAUGGACGUGCGCGGGUCUCUGUACGUGCGCGCUCGCGCCGCGCACGAGCACGCGUUCGGGCCGGAGAGCUACGACGCCGACGCCGACGAAUACAAGCGCACCUGCUCCACAUGCGGCUUCGUGCAGACUUACGAGAAGCUUUGAAAUAUUUUUAUCUCUAAUGAAUCAUAUAAUAUGAGAUCAUAGGAUUCGAUGUUUGAAGAAUAAGCCCCUCGGUGAUGCUUCUGGACACUUAGAAAAGAAUGGUCCAUGAAACUACGUGAUCAUUUUCAUAUCUUGGUUAUGGAAGCGUUAGGGAUGUCAGUAAACAAUUAAAUAUAUUGUGAAUGUGGGUUGUCUAAAAAUAACAGUAAUUAUGCAUGUUAAAUAAUAUUGUUUGAGUUUAAUUGGAAUCAUGAAAUGUGUAAAAUCAUGUGUAUUCUACAACUAAAGGCUAAACUGUAUUGUGUCAGCUUUCUACUAAACUGAUGAAACUUACAUAAGCCUAAAAUAAAAAAUAAGUUUUACACAAAUGCAUUAUUUUUAUUACAGUUUUUUUGUCAGUAAUCCACUUUAUAAACUGACAUAUCUCAUCUACAAACAUUUCUAUGACAAAGUAAAUCGGCUAUUUCAUAGUUUGAAUACUUAGUCAUAACUCAGCCCUGCUUGUCCCAUAUAGUCCUCAGCCUUGUAGUCAGUUUAUAAGGUAAAUUUCCUGAAUUAGGAUUUAAAUAAGUUGUUUAUAAUAGGUCUAAAUAAAAAAGAACAUAAUGUUAGAUAGCUUUUAAGUCUUCCGGCAGAUCAUUCUUCGGAUGUUUGUUUUCAAAAUGCUGUUUGUAAGUCUUUGGGUCU